AUGACAAAACCUCCUAUCACACCCACCUCCAACAAUGAUAUGUCCGGGCUCGACACCAUCAAGCUGGAAGGUGAAUCUACUGACCCCGUUCUCCUCCAGCACAUCAUGGCCAAACUCACGAUCCAAGACCGUUCACCAGAAUUCGAGAGCAGAGUCCGGGGUUUCCUGUCGGCGCUUGGGAGGAGGCCGGAGAGGGAGGAUGUGGAGUGUGCGGCCAUCUUAUCUGAUGAGGGGGCUUUGGAGGAGUGGCUUUCACAGUUCAAGAAGACCUUUGGGAGGGGUUCGCUGGGCGGUGGCGGUGCAGAGGUGAUGGAGAAGGGCGAGAGCGGUGCGCCCUCUCAGCUGUUGAGGAAAGGUUGA